UUAUAUCUUCUACCCACGGGGCCGAAGUCGCGGGCAACAGCUAGUUAUAGAUACACACAUAGCACGAUUAAGUUUCUAUUUGGAUUAAACAAAGGUGUUCAGCUUUACAUUUCAGAGCAAGUAUUCGUUUUUGCGCUUAUUGAAACUUUUGCUUUUUUCUCUGACGACAACAACUUCACACAUGCAACAUAUCCAUAAGUAGAUAUUAUUUGUGUUCAGAUAUUUAUCUGUAAUAAUACCUAAAAGUACAUCCUCUAACCCGAAUGACAUGCAAAACACGUUGUUACACAUAAAGAUUUUUAAAUAUAAUAAUAAUAACAGCCGCUUCCUCAUGUCCGAAGGUUGUGUGUAACUACACCGUGAACUUAGCGACCCUGUUGUUUGUUAGCGAGAAUUAGUGCGAGCAGCGAUGGCCGGAGGAAAAUGCCUAUAUAAAUCGUCGCUCAUUUUCAUCACACUGACACGCGAGCCGCGAGACCAAGCGGGCCAUGCUCCUCACAGCAUAUACAUCCUACACGUACUAUUGUCUUACCCGUGUCCGAGAGUGACAAAAUGUUUGUGUGGUUACUGCUCUUUGUGCCUGUUCUGUCAGUGCUCACGUUCGUGUAUCGGAGGAGGAAUAUGUACAGACUAGCCUCGAAGAUACCGGCACCUGAUGAUGAGUCGCGGCUGUUCGGAGUAGCACACAAAGUGUUUGGAAAUACUGAAGAAAUCAUGACGACCCUUCAAGAAUUGAGUUUCGAUGCUAUGAAGAAUAAUGGCAUAGUAAGAGCUUGGUUGGGGCCGAUCCUUUACUUUAUCUUAGUGGAUCCAGUAGACCUCGAGAUGGUACUGAAGACUUGCAUGGAGAAGGAUGACCUUCACAGGUUUCUCCGCAAACUAACAGGAAAUGGCGGGAUAUUUGCUCCAGUUUCAAUAUGGCGACGUCGACGCAAAGUAGUAGUUCCAGUAUUCAGCCCUAAGAUAGUGGAAGGUUUCGUGAACGUCUUCGCUGAGAGAAGCGAGGUUAUGGCAAAAAACCUGACGAACUACAGUGGCACUGGGAAGUUCAGCGUAUGGCCCAUGCUCAGCUCUUACACCCUGGACUCGGUCUGUGAAACAACAAUCGGAGUCAAGCUCAACGCUCAGGCUGAAAGUGAAUCGCCAUUCCUGAAAGCGAUGGCGGUUGUAUUACACUUGAUAUGUGAAAGAAUAUUCCAUCUAUGGCUACAACCAGACUGGAUGUACAAGUUUUUCCCACAGUACAAGGUCCAUCAGAAAUCCCUCGCGACAUUACACAACUUUACGGACGAGGUGAUAAGAAAGAAGAGAGAAGAAUUGAGACAAGAAAAAGAAUCGAAAACCGAAGUUGAUUUUGAAUAUAAUUUGGGAGCCUACAAGAACAAAACCUUCUUAGACCUGUUAAUCCACAUGUCUGGUGGUGAGAAUGGUUUCACCAACUUGGAGUUACGAGAGGAGGUCAUGACCCUGACUGUAGCGGGCACGGACACGUCGGCUGUAGCCAUGGGCUAUACCCUCAAACUUCUAGGGAAAUACCCUGAAAUUCAAGAAAAGCUUUACCAAGAAUUAUACGACGUCUUCGGCGACUCAGAUCGUAGUUGUGAAAAGGAAGAUUUACUGAAAUUGAAAUACUUAGAGCGGGUUGUGAAGGAGUCUUUGAGACUGUUCCCUCCUGUACCACUUAUUAUUAGAAAAGUUUUACAAGAUACGAAAUUACCGUCAGGUCGCGUGCUGCCGGCUGGUUCGGGCAUCGUGUGCUCAAUAUGGGGGGUCCACAGAGACCCCAAGUAUUGGGGUCCGGACGCUGACAAAUUUGACCCCGAUCGGUUUCUACCUGAACGGUUCAACCUCGCUUACCCCUGCAGCUACAUGCCUUUCAGUAAUGGACCCCGAAACUGUGUCGGUUACCAAUACGCGCUCAUGUCAGUCAAGACUGCUUUAUCGACACUGCUCCGUCGGUACAGGAUUGUCGACGAACUCGAAGGAAACUCAACCCCUCACAUAAGGGUUAAACUCGACAUCAUGAUGAAAGAUGUUGAAGAUUACCAAAUAGCCUUGGAAAGGAGACACCCUGUUCCAGUUAAUACAAAUACGUAGAUAUAAUUUUCCUUGGGUGAAGAAUAAGAACAUACUGUGUAUGAUUUAUUUUCUGUUGUAAUGUAAAUGAAA